AUGUAAUAAGACAAGGAAAUUGAUUUUAUAAGAAGAAAAUAUUGCUGGCAUUUAUUAUCGCUAUUUUUGACACUUUUAAUGAUUGCCUUUAUUCUUGGAUCAGAUAUCAAGUGUAUAAAAAGUGAAUUAGAUCUCAGUUAAUUGAUUUGUACAAUUCUAGAAAUUAUUUUUUGCCUUUUAGUCUUUAUUUUAACUUGCAUGGAAUUAAGAUAUUUUUAUAAAGUAAAACAUAACAAUUUUACUUUUACAUACACUUCUAUAAUUUCAUAAGGGUGCUUGAAGAUUAUAAUUGUUUGCUUAAUUAUAAUUUAUUUGGCAAAUCUCAUAAUUGAACUUAUUUAUGAUGUUUAAUUGACGAAUAAUUAAAGACACAAUUGUCAUUACUUUGGUUUCACAAAUCAAAUAUACUAAUUUAUUAUUUCUGGAAUCAUUUUAAUUUGUUAGUUAAUUAUGAUGUUUAUUCCAUAUAAAAUAUCGAAAACAUUAAUCUCGCUAUCUAAUUAGAAAAAAACCUUAUUUCAAGAUAUUUUUCUAAGUGACUUAGAAAAUGACUUUCAGGAGUACAAAUUAUAAAAUAAUCAAUAGCAUAACCGCAAAUAAUGGAAACUUCUGUAUUAUUAUGGCUCAAAAACAAUAAAAUAUAUGCUCUAUCCCUUCUUCUCAGCUAAAUAAAUGCAUAUGCAAAUUAUGCACUUCCAAAAUCAAAAAUAAACAGCUUGUUACAAGGCUUUUAUGUACACAUUUAUUUCAUGAUUAAUGUUUCUAGAAAUAUGUUCAAAGUAUUAUGAGAUAAAAAUCUUUCGUUUUAACUUGUCCCAUGUGUGAUCAAGGUGUAAAUGGUGACAAAUAAACAUAAUUCAUAAUAUACGAAAGAAAAAGCAAGGGAAGCUACAAGCAUUGA